AUGACCACCAGUAGCGAAGAUGUGAUGCUGCAGGUGAGCGAAGUGCGUUAUAAGAAGGGCGAUGGCACCUUAUAUGUAAUGAAUGCACGGCUGGCAUGGAUGGCAGAAAAUCGUGAUACCGUCGCAGUUUCGCAUCGUUUUGCAGAUAUAAAAACACAGAAAAUAUCACCGGAAGGUAAACCUAAAGUUCAAUUACAAGUUGUUCUCCAUGACGGCAAUACCUCAACAUUCCAUUUCGUUAAUCGUGAUGGUCAACAGGCCAUGUUAGCCGAUCGUGAUAAGGUUAAAGAGUUACUGCAACAAUUGUUGCCAAAUUUUAAACGUAAAGUGGACAAAGAGCUGGAGGAAAAGAAUCGUAUAUUGUCGGAAAAUCCUCAUUUGUUGCAACUUUACAAAGAUUUGGUGACAACGCAAGUUAUAACCAGCGAGGAGUUUUGGAAUACUCACGCUAAAGAACAUGCCUUAAAAAAGGUGAAUAAGAAACAAAACAUAGGUGUUUCCGGCGCUUUCUUAGCCGAUAUUAAACCUCAAACUGAUGGUUGCAAUGGUUUAAAAUAUAAUCUGACUGACGACAUUAUUCAUUGCAUUUUUAAAACUUAUCCCGCCGUUAAACGAAAGCAUCAAGAGAAUGUUCCAGCCAAAAUGACUGAGGCCGCUUUUUGGACGAAAUUUUUUCAAUCGCAUUAUUUCCAUCGAGAUCGCAUUACCGCUGGUACAAAAGACAUAUUCGCCGAAUGCGGUAAAAUUGAUGAUCAAACAUUAAAGGCGGCUGUGCAGCAAGGAGCUGGUGAUCCAUUGCUUGACCUAAAACAAUUUGAAGAUGUUCCUCUCGAAGAAGGAUUCUGUAGUGUUUCCGGAGAUCGUACCGCCGUCAAUAGUGGGAAUAUUGUUCAUCAAAAUAUGAUUAAACGUUUCAAUCAACAUUCGAUAAUGGUUCUGAAAACCUGUACAGAUGUUAAUGCUGCCAAUGCCAAAGCUACUAGUAGCGGUGGUUCUACGGGUAAUAAAUCAACCAAAGAAAAAGACGGUAGUGCGGAGAAAACGAGACAUAAAGAUAAUUUACAAAACGGUGAUAUGAAUGGGGAUUGUACGGAAAAUCCAGCCAAAAAGCAAAGAAUCAUAGAGAAAAUACACUACGACGACUUGGGUGACCCGUUGUUAGAUACAGAAACCGCGAACAGUAACGCUUUAAACGAUGCUAAAAAGCCACAACAAAUUAAUUUAGCCAAAGUGGAGCGUUACUUAUACGGGCCAAUGCCCACCACUAAUUACGACAUGUACGAAGACCCUAGACGUAUGGAAGACAUACAAUAUCGAUUAAUACAGUCCACAGAGAAUUGGAAUCAACGAGUACCUCAUAAAAUUUUAGUCAGUUCAACGGCAGCUGUAAACGCUUUGGGUGAAUUAAGUCCCGGGGGCGCUUUAAUGAGAGGUUUUCAAGAGCAAAGUGGAGCACAAUUGGUUCCUCAAGAAUUUGAAAAAGAUCUACGUAAUCUGUAUCUCGCCCUGUCGGAGUUACUGAAACACUUCUGGCGUUGCUUUCCACCCACCACGCAAGAACUUGAAGCCAAAGCCUUGCACAUGCAUGAGGCUUUGCAACGCUUUAAAAUGGCUAAACUCAAGCCCUUUGAGGAUCGGGCUUUGCAAAAGCUCUCACCAUUAGGCGGUACUUUAACGCAGCAUCUAAAUCGCUUAUUGCAGGCUGCCAAUUCAAAAUUUGCCACCUGGCAAGAACGUAAAAUGCGCCAACAUAAAUAAUUAAGUUAACAACUUUUCUGUAAAUGUUUUGUGUUUUUGAAUGGUUUCAAAUAUUUCUUCAUUUAAGUCUAGAAUAAAUAUUGUUUUUCACUUUAUUUAUUUACAUCCUUUUUGAUAGUAAGAAAGCAAGAAACAUUAAUGAAGUCUAAGUGCGAUGUUACACUAAUGGUUAAGCAGUAUUCGUGUUGCUAACAAUCAACCGUUAUUUUCAAAAAAAAAUUAUUAAUAACUAUGAAGGAGUUCGAUAAAUUAAUCCCAAAAAAUUGAUUUAUGCACUUGUAGUCCGAAAUAGUCCGAGCUAGUACGAUGACUGGUCACAAAUUUAAUACAAUGACACGAAAUUGAAAGUAUCUAAAGCAUUGUUUCGAAUGUCUCGUUAUGCCUCGCUAUUUGAGAUGUUGACUACAUUGGUUCGGUAAUCGAAACUGUUUUACUCUUGUUUGACAAAGAAUCGCUUCAAAUGAAAUCAAAUAAAU